AUAGCUGGUGGGCAUGACCAAAGCAUUUUUGAUGUAUAACCUCUACUGUCAUAUAUUACUCAAUUACCUUCCUCUCAAGCUAUAUUCCCCCUGCUCACUUCAUAGUCCUCUCUGUGGAAGAAAUGGAUUAUUUUAAACACAAGACACUUGUAUUUGUAUCUUGCUGGUAAACUUAUGGUGAUACUUAGAUGUUUGUUCUCACAGAUAUUCCUAAAACAGAAAAAAAGUUAUUUGGGAAUUACAUCCUGAAAGAACUACUCUGUCCCCAGGUUGUAACUGCUGUUUCAGGAGAGGCAGAAAGCUGCAGAGGCUGGAAUGCUCAAGAGACCUGGACUCCCAUGAAACACUAGACAAAAAAGGCACUUGCUGCUAGGAGAGGCAACGUUCCCCAGAAAUCACAGCACCAGGGCCUUGAUGGGGAAAAGCUAUCGAGUUUCCCACUGAAGCAGGCCUUUGAAUGUCACUUUGCAAAGAAAUCAGACACUGGGGGCAGCGUUUACUGGCUUCCCUUCACGCACAUGACCAGCUCCAGAGGGAGGAGUUUGUUCCCACGGCUACCGAGGCGGGCGAAGGGGUUAGGGGCAGGUGGCUCCCUUGGAGCUUCUGGGUUUGGGAGCCGGAUGUGCAGUCUGCAGCACGGCAAAAGCAGGAGUGAAUGGGAGAUGAUCAGUGCCCCCCUCCCUCCCAGCCCCACGGCAAGAAGCAAGUCUCAAUGAAUCAUUCAAAAAACAGGAGAAACAAACCUCAGCUGUGUCUGUCAGAGGUGCUGUUACAAUGAAUGAGAAUAUCCAGGAAUUAAGGGAGAGACUGGAAAAACAGCCAAAAGAGUCUCUGAAAUUCCACAAAGAAACCACCAAAUGCAUGGUGGAAUCAAUGAUACAUUCUUUGAGUCAUGAGGAAUCUUUACCAAGUGGCAAUAUGCCUAGUGUGGGCAAGUAUUAAAUAGAUUUCAGAAGAUUUGGGAAUAAAUUACUAUAAACAUUGCAGACUGUUAUGUAAUUUAGAAGUUCAUGUUACAUAUUUCAAGUUGAAUCCUCUUUAGGCCCUGUGUCUUGAACAGCUCUUGUCGGCACAAGCCCAAGGUAAAGGCAGAGCAGCUCUGAAGUGUUCUCUGAACACCCAGUUUCACACAGCCAGUGGGGAAUCCUGGAAUUGGCUGGAUUUGUUCUACUUAGAAAAGAUGAUUCCUAGGUUUUACCAUUGGUAGGCACUAAGAGGCACAAAUGCCCAGUUGUACAAAUAAUGGAUUAUUCUCAUGUGUGACUUUUGCUUCAGCAGUUAAAUUUAUCUGCCUUUCAGGUGCUGCUAGUCCAUUUCUCAGCAACCAGAAUGUUUCAGCUUCUUCCAUUCUCAGCACAGUGAUGAAAAGCUCAGCCUGUUCUAGUACCAUUAGCAGUCCACCCAAUAAUGUCUUCUGUUCCAAAUAUGAAAUACAUACCGAUUCUGAGAAAGAAAAUGUGAGUGGUGCUGGCAAAGAACACAUGGAAAACAUUCUAGAAGAAUGUUCGCAGAAAGGUAGAGAUGCUCAGAAGAGCCUUAAUGAAACUACUGAGCUACAUGAGCAACAGAAAAGCAAUUUAAGGUUGAUCAUUGCUGAUUUGCAGACCAAACUGAUGGAAGUGCAAUUGGAAAGAGAUGCGCUUCAGGAUGCUAGACAAAAGGAAUCCCAGAGCCAAGAGAAUAUCAAAAUACAGCUGAAAACUACUAUUAAAAAACUGGAAGCUGCCAGCCGCCUGCAGGAGGAGAUGCUAAGGGAAGCUGACAGCCAAACUGAACAUCUGGAAAAGAUGGUCCACAGCCCCAAGGAAGUACUUCUGGAAAUCUGUGGCAUCCUCAUGGACUACGAAGACAGCACAGGCAGGAAACUCUGUGACCAUGAGAAUAUUACUAGCCAACAGAUGCACAGCCUGAGCACAGGACUUGCUGACAUACUGCAAUAUUUAGACUCAGAGGUGUUAUACCUCAAAGAAAAGGUUGCCCUGGUAGAAGAAGAACUUGAGUCACUGAAAAAAGAUUCACAAACCCCAAAACAACUGCUUCAGCAACACCAAAAUAGGAUUGAGCAACUAGUAAGUGAGCAUGAACAGGAGGUGGCAGCACUGACUGAUAAAGCCAAUGCACAUAGCUGUGCAAAUAGUAUGGAAAGCCAGGUGGAGAUCAUUCAAGAACAAACAAGAAAUCAGAAUUCAGUGCAUGCACAUCAAGUUAGUCACUUGGAAUCUACAGUUUCUGAGCUGCGUUCUGAAUUACAAGAAGCUAAGAGGAUAUAUGAAGACAAGGUCAAAGAUCUUGAGAAGCAGUUGCACCUAGUUCUUUCUGAGGUGGCAGAAGCUCAGACAGAACAGGAUCAAAGCAGCCAAGAAUCUGGAUAUCCAAAAACCCAGACUUAUCAGUUACUGCUUGAACUUCGUAAAAAAGAGAUAGAACUAGAACUGCUAGAAAAAGAGCAGAAUAAGCGAAUCUGGGAUCGGAACACAGACAGCAGCAUCACUAUUGACCAUCUAAGGAGAAAACUAGACAACAAAACCAAGCAACUUCAGUGUAUGGAAAACACAGCAAAGGAAAUGAGGACUGAAUGUCAGAGACAACUGAAGUACCAGAUGGCUGCAAUUAAGAAAAAAAAUGAAAACAUUGGAAGAAUCUCCUCUUUGACUGUCCAACUGGAGUCAACCGAGGAAACGCUCCGUAAAGUUAAAGAAGAUCUUACAGCCAAACAGAUCGCUUUGGAGAUUGCUGAGAAAACAGUGUCAAAUAUGACAGCCUGUCUGCAGGAGAAAGAGAGAGCCCUUGAUGCUACCAGUGAGGAAAUUGAGAAGCUGCAUUCACAACUUAGCAGUAGGAUGCAGGAGUUCCAGCAUCUCAAGAAUGACGACCGUUUACAUUAUGUCCAGUCAGAGUGUGAAACACUGAAACUGCAGAUAUCAGAGAAGGAAAGGAUUAUUGAGAUCUUCCAAAAGCAAAUUGAUAACAUGACCCAGACUGUGGGCCAGCACAGUCGAGCUGCUGGAGCAAUAGAAGUUGAGAAAUCCCAGCUUAUAAAAGAAAUAGAUGACUGGAAACUCAAAGCAGAAGAACUUAAGAUUGCAAAGGAUGAGAAGGAAACCAGAAUACAUGAAGUGGAAGCCAGACUGAGUGAACUGGAACUGGAGAAGGUUAAACUGGUUAACACCUGCACUGAGAGGCUCCAUGCACUUAACGAUAUGAAACUGGAAAAAGAACAGCUAAUGAAUGAACUUGAAGCCAGUCAGUGUGAGCUAGCUGGCCUUGCAGAGGGAUUUGAAGAUUUGAAGAGGGACUACCAGGAUAAAAUCAAGGAGACGGAAAAUACAGCAAACAGACUGAAAAUGCAGUUGAAAUCUGCCCAAGCUGAAUUGGAACAGACCAGGACUGCUCUAAAGGCUAUGGAAGGAUAUGAUGGCAAUGCUAUAAAAGUUGCAGUGGGAAUGCAGAAGCAGAUCACAGCCAAGAGAGGACAGAUGGAUGCGUUACAGAGCAAGAUUAAAUUCUUGGAAGAAGCAAUGACAAAUGCAGCUAAGGAGAAGCAUUACCUCAGAGAAAAAAAUAGUAAGCUAGGUCAAGAAUUGAGCUAUAUUACAUCAGAAAACACCAGGAUUGCUGGGGAACUGGAGAUCCUGCAAUCACAAGACAAACUUCUAAAAGAAAAAAUAUCCAAGAUGGAGACAGCCCUUGAUAAGGCAUCGCUGCAAUUUGCAGAAUGUCAGUGCAUAAUCCAGUGUCAGGAACAAGAAGCAAUGCGCUUCAGACUGCAGCAUACUUUAGAUGUAAAAGAGCUGCAGAGCCGAGGCUACUUGACACCUUUUCCUUCAGGCAGGCUGUGGCACAUAGCACCCCUUUCCCACCUGCACUCAGCUGUCAUGCCACCCUCCCUGAAUUUGGCCAGCUGUGUCACUGAAAUGUCUUCCAAGCCAGGCAUUUUGAAGGAUGAACCACUGCAGGAUCUAAAGAGGAUUCUUCAAGAGUUAACAAACUCAGGCAACGAUAUUCCCUCUGUGGAUCUUGGCGAGGAUGGCAGCAAUGGUGGGAGAAAAUCACCUCUAGCAACCAUGGAGACUGCAUCUAAAGACUCUGCUACUGAAAACAGCAUGGAAAAGGAUACUUGUGGAUGGGAUCCUUUACACUUCCAUACAGCAGACCUUCAGUCCCAAGACAUUACCCUGCCCUAUACAUCCCUUGGAGGUGCAUCCAUCUUCUCACCAGCUUCUGACUAUACAUCUGCCCCCAAGAAGGUGUCUCAGGAGCGGAGACACAGAGAAAAGUCUCCAGUGCACUUGUUGUUAACUGCUCCACCGGAUGACCUUGCAGCUGGCUUCAGUGCCUCACCACAGCACAGACCAUCCGCACAGAAGGUCUGCUCUCCAGAGGGUGCAGCCACAGUCCCCCAUAUAACUUCUCAGCCCAUGAAAAAUAGUAAGGAUACACGUAGGGGACCACAGAACAAGAUGGAAAGCCUGCAGAACCUGAUGGGACUGUUAAAGAUAAAAAACCAAGACACAUCACCAGUGAUCAGAACUCAUGAAGUGAAGACAGAGAAAGCAAAGGAAAAGGAGAAAAAGCUAUUGAAGGGAAGACGCCUUGUACAUUAAGGAUUACUUUCAUGUAUGUACAUUGUGUUUAAGUUAUAUUUUUAAAGAUUAAUAAUAAAAGGUCUUACAGUUUUGUCAUUCUUGCCUGGCACCAUGACACUCUUUACAGUUUUUAACUUUUUAAUGAGUGGGACAUACAGAGUAGAAACAUAUGUAUAUACGGACUCGUUCACUGGCACACAUUUUCAAUAGCUGCAUGCUGUGAGGGACACUGGUCACAAGCUGAUUGCUUUAAGCUGAAGUAGUUCUUACAUGGAUUCUGGAUCCUGCACACCAUUUCAGGUCCUGUUGUUUACAAAGUUAGUUUUAAAAUGGUUUGUUAGGCUGCUGCUUUUCAUUCUAAAAUGAACUGGCUUCCCUUCCCUCCAUACUUCUUGUUAUUACUUCAAAAAACUCCAAUUCAUCUGAAUACCCCAGAACUGUCAAGUAUUUCCUAUAAAAGCAGGAAAUCUCCCUGUGCCAUCUGUUAACAUUGAGGUAAAGUGUUGAAUCACAUACCUGCAACUGCAAGACUGUGCAGAUUUCAUCCUAUACCAUGACUUCUUUAAGCAGAAUGGAUUCCUCAAGUGUAAUAUGAAUAGAGGGUCCACAGUCUACCUUGGGCUUAGCUUUGUAAGCACUUCAUUUUUACUUAGAGCUGAGAGAAUGUAUGUUCCUAGUUUGGGACUUUUUGUCCUUCCUCAAUUUGUGUCCCUCUAUAAAAACUAAAACAGGAGAAGUUCAGGCAUAAAAAAAUGCACUUUGAACCUAUACUGACUUAUUUAUUUUAAUAACAGCCUAGUAUGACUUAUAUACCAUGCUCCACCACCCGUAUUAAGAAGUUUGCUAAAAUAGUGGGCAUAUUACUUUCCGUUGGUCUGCAAAAUGCUCUUCACUCACCGACACAGACAACCUUCCCUUAAUAUGAGUGCCUAAGAAUAAUGUAUUCAAAGGCCAUUCCUAGUGUGAGAUUAGUAAUAAACAGGAGGGCAUGUUGAGAGCACAUGGCGUAUGUGAAUUGAUUUAAAGCCUGCUAUGUUUGACAUUUGAGGAUUUUGCAGCAGUGGGCAAAUGACUUACUGCACUUAAAAGACUAACCAAUGCUAAAAACAAUUCCAAAGUAAGAAGAUGAACAGGAUCGCUAAGUAUUGGAUUGAUGUUUAAAGCCUCAUUAGUGUUCGACGGUAUCUCAGGGAACAAAAUAGUUGUUUAAAAAUAGGCAGGGGAGGAAGAACUUUGAACAAGAACCCAAACUGAUUGCUUUUCCAGGAUUUGCCAUUGAAUUUUUGUCUGGGGACUGGUUGUGAGGAGCAGAUUAAUAGUACUGCCACUUCAGACCCCAGCAAGGCUUUCUGAGAAGUUGGUCACAGAAGCUGCUGACCAGGUAGCAGGAGAGUCCUUUCUACAUACAGUACUAACAAAGCAAGGUGCAAGAUGUCCUGUGAUAAAUCUGUACCCCAACAAAUCAUCCACAGGGUCAGCAGGAGGUGCCAGUGGCACAGCGUCACUAGCAUUAAUGUUUUUCCUCAUUAUCUGCUUUCUGAAAAGCAGUUAUUGCCUUGAGUUUGAGGCAGCAUGGAAUGCCAUGCUUGAAUUCAAGGGGCUUACCCAGUGAUUUUGUCCAAACCAAAUGUUCUGUAGCUAUGGAUCAGCAAAUGUAGCUUCAUGAGCACAAGCCAUGCAGAUACAAGCUUGGGUUUGUUGACUUUAAAGCUACGGAACUGUAUUCAGAGUGGAUCAAAUCUCUGAUGUUUUUUUCUUGUCUUCUUGUGCCAGUAGAAGAGAUCAGCGAGUUGGUCCUAAGCUAUCCUCAGUCAUUGUCAGCAGUAUUUUGUUUUAAUUCAGAUAAUUUGCUUUAUUUUCUAUUCAUUGAUUCUGUCAUUUUUUGCAACACUAUUGCAAACUUAGUGAAAAUGUUAAUUAAGUUACCUCUCCUUUCCUAGGAACUGAUUGCAUUGAAAAUGAAAGGAUCAUUUUAUAGUUGGCUUGUGUAUUACAAUUUGGACUUACUAUACAUAUUUGACAGGUCUACCAAAGUUUUCAUAAGAGUGAGGUAUAGAGGAUGGGAACAUACAUUCACCCUGUAGUCCUGCAGGUUGGAAAAGGUCAAUGAAAAGUGCACUCUCGUUUGUGUUUAAGGAGCUAGGCUAAAAAGAGUUCCAAAAGACUGCAGCUCUGUGAGAACAGAAAGGAGCAGGUGGAUCAGUACAAAUAGCCAGAGAGAAGGGAGAUCUGUCAAGCGAAAAAGCAGCUUAACAUCCUUGUGGUGUAAUCCAGUGAAGUUGAGAACAUGUCUGGGCUUCCUCCCUGCCACCAGCACCAGGCCUGGGGAGGCAAGAGGGUCAGAAACUCAGGGGCCGUAGAGCAGCUCUAGCCAUCCCGUGCUUGAAUAGCAGCACAAAUAGCACUUUGUUAUUUCAUGCCAUACAGGCGGAUGACACAGGAAGACCAUUAGGCAAAUCUUGACCACAGCAGGACACCACAGAUGGCAACC